CCUGAUAAACGCAUGCGGACUACCGAAAGCAGCGGUCGUUGGCGGUUCACCGACUCGAGCGGGGACCUGCGGUGAGAGAUUUAUUUGAAGAAAAGCCCUCAGCUGGAAGCAAACCACGACUGAAGACGAGGGAACAGCAGCAAGUGAACCAGCCCGAGGACUGAGAGCACCGACUGGAGAGAAACCCUUCUGACUCAGGAUUUCCAUUGAUUCAGUCAGGAGCAAGUCUGGAGUGCUCAGGGGAAAUACUCAUGUUACCUGUGGUUAUUGUGGCGAUGCAGAAGUUGCUGGAGAAUUUACAAGUGCGAAGUGAUAUUUGGAAAUCUGACAUUUUAAAGUGUAAUUUAGCAAGCAAAUCGCAUAUGGACAAAGUGCAAAAGCUCUGGUUAAAUAUGACAAGGAAUUUGUCUAUGGGAAUCUCGAACACAACACGCCAGUUUUGCUGUCUCUGUCCAGAUAUUUAAGAAGAGGAGCAAGGGAUUCACUCAGUCAUUUCAACUGAAGGUACAUCAGCAAGUUCACACUGGACAAGGCCAUUCACCUGUUGUAAGUGUGAGAAGGGAUCCAGUCAGUUAUCCCACUUGUGGACACACCAGUCAGGUCACACUGGGCAGAGGCUGGUCAUUUGCUGAAUUUGUGGGGAAUGGUUCACUCGAUCAUCUAACCGAAUGGCACACCAGCAUGUUCACACUGGAGAAAUGCCGUUCACCUGCUCAGACUGUGGGAAGGGAUUCACAAAAUCAUCUCAACUACUGAGACACCAGUCAGUUCACACUGGGCUGAGGCUGGUCAUUUGCUGAAUUUGUGGGGAAUGAUUCACUCGAUCAUCUAACCAAAUGGCACACCAGCAAGUUCACACUGGCGAGCGGCCGUUCACCUGCUCUGACUGUGGGAAGGCAUUCACUAUAUCAUCUCACCUACUGAGACACCAGUCAGUUCACACUGGCGAGCGGCCGUUCACCUGCUCAGACUGUGGGAAGGCAUUCACUAUAUCAUCUCACCUACUGAGACACCAGUCAGUUCACACUGGCGAAUGGCCGUUCACCUGCUCAGACUGUGGGAAGGGAUUCACUUGCUCAUCUAACCUGAAGGAACAUCAGAGAGUUCACACUGGAGAGAGGCCAUUCACCUGCUCAGACUGUGGGAAGGGAUUCACUUCUUUGUCCCAACUGAAGGUACAUCAGCGAGUUCACACUGGAGAGAGGCCGUUCACCUGCUCAGACUGUGGGAAGGGAUUCACUUGCUCAUCUAACCUGAAGGAACAUCAGCGAGUUCACACUGGAGAGAGGCCAUUCACCUGCUCAGACUGUGGGAAGGGAUUCACUUCUUCGUCCCAUCUGAAGGUACAUCAGCGAGUUCACACUGGAGAGAGGCUGUUCACUUGCUCAGACUGUGGGAAGGGAUUCACUUCUUCGUCCCAACUGAAGGUACACCAGCGAGUUCACACUGGGGAGAGGCCGUUCACCUGCUCAGAAUGUGGGAAGGGAUUCACUUGCUCAUCUAAACUGAAGGUACAUCAGAGAGUUCACACCGGGGACUGGCCGUUCACCUGCUCAGACUGUGGGAGGGGAUUCACUUCUUCGUCCCAACUGAAGGUACAUCAGCGAGUUCACACUGGGGAGAGGCCGUUCACCUGCUCGGACUGUGGGAAGGGAUUCACUUACUCGUCCCAACUGAAGGUACAUCAGCGAGUUCACACUGGAGACAGGCCAUUCACCUGCUCAGACUGUGGGAAGGGAUUCACAAAAUCAUCUCAACUACUGAGACACCAGUCACAAGUUCACACUGGCGAGCGGCCGUUCACCUGCUCUGACUGUGGGAAGGCAUUCACUAUAUCAUCUCACCUACUGAGACACCAGUCAGUUCACACUGGCGAGCGGCCGUUCACCUGCUCAGACUGUGGGAAGGCAUUCACUAUAUCAUCUCACCUACUGAGACACCAGUCAGUUCACACUGGCGAAUGGCCGUUCACCUGCUCAGACUGUGGGAAGGGAUUCACUUGCUCAUCUAACCUGAAGGAACAUCAGAGAGUUCACACUGGAGAGAGGCCAUUCACCUGCUCAGACUGUGGGAAGGGAUUCACUUCUUUGUCCCAACUGAAGGUACAUCAGCGAGUUCACACUGGAGAGAGGCCGUUCACCUGCUCAGACUGUGGGAAGGGAUUCACUUGCUCAUCUAACCUGAAGGAACAUCAGCGAGUUCACACUGGAGAGAGGCCAUUCACCUGCUCAGACUGUGGGAAGGGAUUCACUUCUUCGUCCCAUCUGAAGGUACAUCAGCGAGUUCACACUGGAGAGAGGCUGUUCACUUGCUCAGACUGUGGGAAGGGAUUCACUUCUUCGUCCCAACUGAAGGUACACCAGCGAGUUCACACUGGGGAGAGGCCGUUCACCUGCUCAGAAUGUGGGAAGGGAUUCACUUGCUCAUCUAAACUGAAGGUACAUCAGAGAGUUCACACCGGGGACUGGCCGUUCACCUGCUCAGACUGUGGGAGGGGAUUCACUUCUUCGUCCCAACUGAAGGUACAUCAGCGAGUUCACACUGGGGAGAGGCCGUUCACCUGCUCGGACUGUGGGAAGGGAUUCACUUACUCGUCCCAACUGAAGGUACAUCAGCGAGUUCACACUGGAGACAGGCCAUUCACCUGCUCAGUCUGUGGGAAGGGAUUCACUCGGUCAUCCACCCUAAUGGCACACCAGCGGGUUCACACAGGGGAGCAGCCGUUCACCUGCUCAGAAUGUGGGAAGGGAUUCACUUGCUCAUCUAAACUGAAUGAACAUCAGCGAGUUCACACUGGAGAGAGGCCAUUCACCUGCUCAGACUGUGGGAAGGGAUUCAGUAAAUCAUCUGACCUACUGAGCCACCAGUCAGUUCACACUGGCGAGCGGCCGUUCACCUGCUCAGACUGUGGGAAGGGAUUCACUUGCUCAUCUGAACUGAAGGUUCAUCACCGAGCUCACACUGGGGAGAGGCCGUUCACCUGCUCAGACUGUGGGAAGGGAUUCACUCGACCAUCCCACCUACAGUUGCACAGGUCUGUUCACACUGGGGAGUGGCCGUUUACCUGCUCAGUCUGUGGGAAGGGAUUCACUUGCUCAUCUAAACUGAAGGAACACCAGAGAGUUCACACUGGAGAGAGGCCAUUCACCUGCUCAGACUGUGGGAAGGGAUUCACUUCUUUGCCCCAACUGAAGAUACAUCAGCGAGUUCACACUGGAGAGAGGCCAUUCACCUGCUCAGAGUGUGGGAAGGGAUUCACUAAAUCAUCCUACCUACUGAUCCACCAGUCAGUUCACAAUGGCGAGUGGCCGUUCACCUGCUCAGACUGUGGGAAGGGAUUCACUCAGUCAUCUAAACUGAAGUUACAUCAGCGAGUUCACACUGGGGAGUGGCCAUUCACCUGCUCUGAAUGUGGGAAGGGAUUCAUUAAAUCAUCCCACCUACAGUUGCACAGGUCUGUUCACACCGGGGAGAGGCCGUUCACCUGCUCAGACUGUGGGAAGGGAUUCACUUGCUCAUCUAAACUGAAGAUACAUCAGCGUGUUCACACCGGGGAGAGGCCAUUCACCUGCUCAGUGUGUGGGAAGGGGUUCACUCAGUCAUCUGAACUGAAGGUACAUCGGCGAGUUCACACUGGGGAGAGGCCGUUCACCUGCUCAGACUGUGGGAAGGGAUUCACUCGGUCAUCUGAACUGAAGGUACAUCAGCGAGUUCACACUGGAGAGAGGCCAUUCACCUGCUCAGACUGUGGGAAGGGAUUCACUAAAUCAUCUCACGUACUGAGACACCAGUCACUUCACAGUGGCGAGCGGCCGUUCACCUGCUCAGACUGUGGGAAGGGAUUCACUUGCUCAUCUCAAAUGAAGGUACAUCAGCGAGUUCACACUGGAGAGAGGCCAUUCACCUGCUCAGACUGUGGGAAGGGAUUCACUUGCUCAUCUAAACUGAAGGAACAUCAGAGAGUUCACACCGGGGUCUGGCCGUUCACCUGCUCAGACUGUGGGAAGGGAUUCACUUGCUCAUCUAAACUGAAGGUACAUCAGAGAGUUCACACCGGGGUCUGGCCGUUCACCUGCUCAGACUGUGGGAAAGGAUUCACUUCUUCGUCCCAACUGAAGGUACAUCAGCGAGUUCACACUGGAGAGAGGCCAUUCACCUGCUCAGACUUAGGGAAGGGAUUCACUUGCUCAUCUGAACUGAAGGUACAUCAGCGAGUUCACACUGGGGAGAGGCCGUUCACGUGCUCAGAGUGUGGGAAGGGAUUCACUAAAUCAUCUAACCUCCUGAGCCACCAGUCAGUUCACACUGGCGAGCGGCCUGCUCAGACUGUGGGAAGGGAUUCAGUUGCUCAUCCCAACUGAAGGUACAUCAGCGAGUUCACACUGGGAGAGGCCGUUCACCUGCUCAGUGUGUGGGAAGGUAUUGACUCAGUCAUCUCAUCUACAGACACACAGGCGAGUUCACACAGGAGAGAGGCCGAUCAGCUGCUGAGACUUUGGGAAGUAAUUCUAUCAGCAAAAUCAACCAAAUGUGCAUCAUUGAGUUCACAGUGGGGAGAGGCCGUUCACCUGCUGUGAAUGUGGGGAGCGAUUCACUCAGGUCAUUUAACCUUAUGUAACUCUUGCUUCAGCUAGCAACUUAAUAUAGGGGGUGAUAGCCCCUGAGCUUGGCCAAACCUAAGAAAUCUCGUUUGUGUGAAUGCUGCAUGAUGUGUCCCCUGUUACAAAUCAGUACCCCAAAAAUAACAAAUGGUACACAAUAUGCGAUUAAACAAUUGAGCUAUUUAAUUCUUACUUUGACUAUGGGAUUAGUAAAGGAAACAAAUAAAGGUAAAAGGGCCCUUUCUCUCCAUUUGUGUCUUCUCAUCUCUCCCUGGCAAAAGACCGUGAAAAUCUACCUUCCAGACUCACAGGAAAGGACAAUAUCUUUAUCAUUGGAUAGCUAGGCACUCCAAAACCCUGUUAUUUCUAGUCAUAAGCUAAACAUUGCUGCUGCAGAGAAAUCAUUAGCUCAGCAGUGAAAUAUAACACAGACACCAUUACAUUAGCAGUGAAAUCUCACAGCCUGUUACAUUUGUGACACACUACCAGCUUCACACAGCGGAAAAAGUUUCAAUAAGUUGCAUGCUGGAUAUUUGUCCAUCACUGUUGCUAAAGCUAUUUUGAGAGUGACUAUCAGUGCUGAACUCUGCAAUUAUUGCUGCUGCUCACCGCAUUCAGUUCUGGGCACAGGAGGAGUUUCUUCUACUGCAUAUUCACCUUUAAUGGGACUGGAGUUUAAUAUUGACGGGGGUGGCGUGUGGCCAGUAAAGAAGUGGAGCUUUGAGGCUUUGGCUCAAGUAGUUUUGGCAGAUGGAUUGUGCAAUCAAGUCAAUCAAGAUGUGAAUAGCUCCUGGAGGCUACGCCUGUCUGUGAAUGGAGUAACAUCAGUUUCUGAGCUGCUAGUUUUGUCCCUUUCCCCCUAGUUUAAACCAAAUUUAAUAUCUUGAGUUGCUGAUUUUUGAAGGGGAACAAUAUGUCUUUGAGGAGUGGGAAAUACUUGUCUGAACCUAGUGAUAAAGGCAACGGGAAAGGAAAGAUGCAAAAGGAAGGAUCUGAUGAAAUGCCAUUGUGGGCUGAAGAUAUGGCUUUGAAACAGUUCAUUUAAAGACUAACUUAAAAAGAAUAGUAAUGAAAUGAUGUCAUUUCUGGGAAAACUUAAGGAUCUGGAAGCUCAAGUCACUACACAGAAAGAGGAAUUGAAGAUAAUUAAGCAAAAAUUGCUUGAAAGUAAAAUGAAGUAAAACUCGUUUGGAAAGAUAUCUAAAUAAUAUUAUAGACCUCGAAACUAGGUCUUGCCGAAGGAAUAUACAAAUUGUUGGGCUGCAGGAAGGAGUUGAAAAUGGAGAUUUAACUGCUUACAUUGGUAAGCUUUCUCAUACCCUUAUUUCCUUCUAUAUUAUCACAGCCGCCUACUAUAGAAAGAGCAGACAGAACUUUUACUUUGAGAUCUCAAGAUCCAGAUAAAGCAAGGGCUUUUCUGGUUUGUUUUCAUUAUUUUAAGAUUAAAGGUCAAAUAAUGUGACAGGCAAGAAAACAAGAGUUUUUAGAUUUGAGACAUCUGAGCUUGGUUUUUAUGAAGAUUAUUCAAAGGAGGUAAUGGAACAAAGAUCAAAAUUUGCUUUGGUAAUGAAACAGGCAUAUGAUAAGAAAUUGUUUCCUUCCUUGCGUCACCCAACAAGAAUUAAAGUUUUUCCUCCUGAUUCUCCUCCUCGUAUAUUUUGUGAUCAGAAAGUUGCACUGGCGUUUGUUUAAACUAUAUCUGCUGCGACUGCCGAUUGAACUGUCUGGCAUAUUAUCUGCAUAAUAGCAUUUUGGAAAGAAGAUUUAUGAAGACUACUUGGACAUUUCAUUGAGAGACUAUUAAAAGAAGAUUAGGGGACAUUUAUUAUUGCAUAUCAUUUUUUUUUGGUAAGAGGAUUGAUGGUUCAAGUAUGACUGUUUAAAUGGUUAUUUGGACAUUCGACGGAGGAAAAGAACAUAAAAGGACUUGUUCCUUUAACCUAAUAUCUGGUUUGAUUUUUUUUUGUGUUUUUUUCUUAAUUAAAUAACUGGCAGUUUUUCCUUCUAAUGGGGCAAUUUCCUUCUCUUAUAUAUACUUAGCGGAGGUUUCAAUUACUUGCAUAAUAUUAUUAGUUUUCAAGAUUGUGUUGAUCUGUUAUUAAACACUAUGCUUGGUUUCUCUAGGUAAUAUGUUUUAGAUUUUAA